AUGAACUGCUGUGGUCCAUUUCCAAAAACACCACAAACUAAUAUAUUUGCUUUAUGUCUCACCGACUAUUUUACCAAACUUGUAACUGCUACGCCAUUACAAAUGUUUUCUACUCAAGUGGUAACUGAAGCUACUUCAAAAGAGUAUGUAUAUCGUUAUGGUGUGCCUACAGCAGUUAUAUCUGAUCAAGGUACUAGCUUCAAGAAUCAGUUGAUGUUUUCACUUUCACAAUUACUUGGUUAUCAUCACAUUCUUUGCACUUCACAUCAUCCUCAAUCUAAUGGACAAGUAGAACGUUUUAAUAGUACAUUCGUCACUCAAAUUGCUAAAUCAACUCAUCAUGAAUUUAAUAAUUGA